AUAUAGAAAGCACUUCUUUACAAAGUUGUAGUCCACCUUAAGCUCAGAUGGGCCUCCUGCCAGUGCUCUGUUAAUGUGAUACGGACACUCCCUAAAGACACAGGCAUAAGUGUACUGACUGCUUUGUCUGCUGUAGAAGUUUUUCUAAUUACAGUGGAGCUGUCCACUUCAGCACCACCUGCACAAUGAAACCAUGAAGUCUCAAUAUCUCCUGCAUUUGCACCUCUUCUUGGACCCAUCAGGUGAUUUUGAAGAUGAUAUUGGAGUCCAUCCAAACUCAUCCAAAUCUCAGAUGUGAACAGCAACAUACUUCCUGAGCAAACAAGAUGACCAGUAAUAUAAAUCAAUUGCAGAGAACAGGUGUUGUGCUAUAGGACAGAUCUGCAGGCUGAUUUUGGUCAGUCAUGUCUCAGUCAGGUAAAAUCCUCCACCUGUAUGUAGAGGUGAAACCUGUCACUAAUGGAGAAGGAAAAGACCUGGGAGAUGUGGCGAAAACAGACUCCCUCAUGUUGACAGCACCAGACAUUCUUCAGUCAUCACAGAAUGGUGGCCCAAUUGCACCACAUGGCCGGACAUCCCCACAUGGAGUACUGCAUAAAAGUGGAAGCAGCACCAAGACCAUGGCCUCUAGUAAAUCAACAUCUAGACACUCUGUAAGUUUUCAGCUACAUCCAAAACAUGACUCAGACCAACCGGUGACCCAACAGCAGAAAAGUCUACAUUAUGAUGAGAUAAAUCAGUUAAUGUCUGUCUUUCAAAAAGAUCCCACUGGAAAUGCAUGUCACUUGGUGUGUGCUCCUUCUGAAAGUGUCCCCUUCUUUGGGAAGGAACCUCACUUCUCAGGACGGUUUACUGCCCCUCCUACUCCCAGUGGAACUCGUAAAGCUUGCAGCCCAAAUAAGGUAAAGGGAGGAAAUGAAGGGAGGCGAUCUGUCGCCACUUUCAGUUACAUUGAAAAAGCUCAAAUGAAAUCAGUAGAGGGUCAGUAUAGCUCUUUAUGCCAAAGUGAGCCUCAGAAUCCUUUCAACAGAACCAUGGAGGAGAGUGCGACCCCUCUUCACCUCAGGAAAAGGCUAAGUGAUCCAGUGUGGUUCAGUAGCUUGGAAUCAAUGAAUAACUGUAGUUCAAAACAGCUUAGUCAAGGUUUGGGAAACUCACAUAUAGGUACGCCCAGCUUUAGGAGGGCAACUCUAGACUCCAUUGGCAGAGAAGCCAGACAUCAAGCAUUGGAAGAAUUUGGUUCCCCACAACUAAGGCAAAAACUGGCCGGCAACUGUCCUGAAAUAGGUCAUGAUGUCAGAAGAGAAGAGCAGCAUCGCUGUCGGUCUUGGUCUGGAUCACCAGUGAUACCAUGCAGUUCUAGGACCCUGCCCUCCAAAGCAACAAUAAUGGACCAUGAGCAGAAUAGUUUGUUUUAUAGAAUUCCUCCGAGCCAUGCUACCGACCAACUGUCUAAUCAUGCCAAGCGAGCUUACUUUACAAUGUCACACUCAAGCACCAACAGUCAGGAGGACUCAAACCAAAGAGCAAAUCAACCAUCAAGCAAUCAACAAAUCAGUCAUUCCAUAAGUGAUAGUCCACGGCAAGCCCACAGAGUUAAUUUCAACCUGGCCAACUCACAAAAUAAUGUAGAAGAAGGAGCUAACCAACUGAGUGGAAGGAGGAGCGUAUCCCCAGCCACAAGUCCCGAAAUGGCUUGUAAACUAGCAGAAGAAGCCACCAAACUUUCCAUACUUAUGGAAGCCAGGAGGUCUCCAACCCCAUCUUCAACAGACACAGUAAGGUCUUACAGUCCCCAGCUGGGACAUUCAAGAGAGCCUCAGCUCUAUGCUAACUUCCAAUGCUCUGGAGAACCAACCCACUCUAGUUGCAACAUUCCUAGUCAGGAGUACAACUGUAAACAAGGGUUUGUCAAAAUGGGUCACCAUUCUGUUCAAACAACCCCUCUUUUUCCCCACAUUGGAAGUAUAUCUCCAACAGCUCCAGCAAGGUUGAACCGAUCAGAUGUAAUACCGUCCUCUCCAAUACGAGACCCACGGAUAGAGAGAACACAGUUGGUAGGGAGAGACAGCCCAACUUUGCAUCGGCACCUACCUUCCCAGUACACAAAAGACAGUCAUACACAUAGCUAUGAUCAUAGGCAGUAUGGGACACUCAGAAGUCUCAAAGACAGUCCAAAUAGCAGCAGGAGACAUUUUACAAGGCCUAACCUAGAGACACCAAGCUGGACCACUCAGCAAAAUCAUGGGGUAAAGGAAUGCUUAGCCAGAGAAAAGGAAAACUUAAUGGAGAUGGACAGUCAUAGGAGGAAUAGUCCAACAACACCAGUCUCUCAAGAGAACCAUUGUAGGGUCUCAAUGCAGAAAAAUGAGAUGAAAGCUGACACUAGGACUAACAAGGAGUGGAGUGGUACAGCAUCACAGAGUUCCAGUGGGGUCACAGGCAGCCUUAUAGAGAGCACUCUACAUGAGAAAGACUGCAUAUCCUCUGAGAUAUCUAGAAAAACCAGCCAAAAGAGUCCUGACUCUGGAAACACAGGAAUACAGUCUGAAAGUGGACCAUUUCUGCUGAGGCCUUCCUUACACUCUCAGAAGAUUGCUCAUGCCAAAUGGGAGUUCCUGUUUGGGUCCCACUCUGAUCAACAAGAUCAACAUGAAACAAAGGGUUCCUCCACUGUACCCUCCAGUGAUUGUACCUUUGAGUCUCCAGCAUCCAUUCCACCCUUGUCUACCCCUGUAAGGUCAAUAACAACACACUCAAGACCCUGUAAAUCAACUGGAUCUUCAAAAUCUGUGUGCCACAUUGUACAGCAAGUUGAAGUAGAGUUGAUAAACCAUCAUCCCACAAUGGAAAGUUCCAGUAAGACCGGCAUCGCCAGACGUAGUGUGAAAUAUUCAGAGACCGACAUAGAUGCAGUGCCCCUGCGCUGUUACAGGGAGACAGACCUUGAUGAGGCGAUGCUGGCAGAACAGGAGGAGGUGGACUCUGCUUUUGGCAGUAACCGCAGUGUGCUAAACACUUCAGGCACUAACAGCAGCAGCCCCCUGGAGGGACUGUUGUGCCCACACACAGAUGGUGAGGAGGAGCUGCAAGAUGAAGAGGUGGCGAGCUGGGCAAGUGUGAGGAUGCAAGGUGACAAAAUGAGGCAAAAUGCCACACCUGAAGGAGAUGAAGUGUUUAGUCGACUGCUAAGAGGUCCCCCAGAUUGCCAGCCUGACAGCCACACGGCUUUGAAGUCUCCCAUCUCUGUCACCAACCCUCAGAUCUCAUCAGAUGGCUUGGACUCCUUCAGCAGACACUUUGAGAGCAUUAUGGAGUCACACCGUGCCAAGGGCACCUCUUGUAGCAGCUUGGAUAGUGAAGACAUCACCCCUAGUGGCCCACUUGUCUUCACUUUUGACUUUCCGACUCUCACUCCUGAGAUCCAGAGUCAGAUCAGUGAAAGUGCCAAGCAGAUCAUCGAACUGAACUUCUCUCCUCUAACGUGCCCACAACCACCUGCUGUGUCUGAUCCCACGGAGUGUGUGGCCUCCCAGGACCCGCACAGGAAGGACCAGAGUGGUGUCUGUGUAGAAGAAAAUCCAUUCUGUAGUGGAUCCUGCUCUGAUCAAGCCCACAGGCCUGAUUCUGACACAGAUGCUGCCGUGAGAGAGAGGCCGCCCCGUCCGGUCUCUGAGUCCGAUUCAGUGGUGGCUGAGCGAUUGGCUGUGGGCGGCACUGAAACUCUGACCAAUGGCAACAAAUCUGAUCUCCAGGCUGCAAAACGGUUGGCCAAACGUUUGUACAGUCUUGAUGGAUUCAAGAAGUCAGAGGUGGCACGUCACCUGAGCAAGAACAAUGAUUUUAGUCGCAUGGUGGCGGCGGAGUAUCUCAGUUAUUUUAACUUCUCAGGGAUGACGGUGGAUCAGGCAUUAAGAGUGUUUUUGAGAGAGUUUGCCUUGAUGGGAGAGACACAAGAGAGGGAGCGGGUAUUAUCCCAUUUCUCUAAAAGAUACCUCCAGUGCAACCCGAACACGAAACUAAAUGAAGACAGUAUUCACACACUGACUUGUGCCCUGAUGCUGCUCAACACUGAUCUGCAUGGUCAGAACAUCGGGAAGAGGAUGUCCUGCACGCAGUUCAUAAGUAACCUGGAGGGGCUAAAUGAUUGCCAAAACUUCCCAAAAGAUCUUCUCAAGGCUCUCUACAACUCGAUCAAAAAUGAAAAGCUGCAGUGGACAAUCGAUGAGGAGGAACUGCGGAAGUCUUUCUCUGAGCUGGAUGGCAAGAACGACUCCACAUCACACACAAUGAAGCAGACCAGCAGCGGUGGAAACCCCCUCAUCAGUGUUGCACAGCAGUCCAGCGCUCAGGUCUACAUGAACGGCUUUCUCGUGCGGAAAGUUCACGCAGAUCCUGAUGGCAAGAAAACCCCACGAGGUAAAAGAGGAUGGAAGACAUUUUAUGCUAUUCUAAAAGGACUGACCCUCUUCCUGCAAAAGGAUGAAUAUCGUCCAGAUAAGCAGCUGUCUGAUGAGGACUUGAAGAAUGCAGUAUCAAUCCAUCAUUCUUUAGCCGUGCGGGCAGCAGACUAUAGCAAGCGACCCGAUGUGUUUUACCUUCACACUGCUGACUGGAGGGUCUUUCUUUUCCAGGCAACCAACGCAGAGCAAAUGCAGUCCUGGAUAACCCGCAUCAACAUGGUGGCAGCCAUGUUCUCUGCCCCUCCCUUCCCAGCAGCCAUUGGCUCCCAAAAAAAGUUCAACCGCCCUCUUCUGCCAGGUUCAAACACCAAGCUCCCACAGGAGGAGCAGCUUAAGUCUCACGAGACACGGUUUCGAGCCAUUUCUGCUGAGCUUCAGGAACUACGCUCUUCGCCGCAAGACCGCAGGACUAGAAGCAGGGACCAAGAAGAGUACAAGCAAAGGGAAGAGUAUCUGGACUUUGAGAAAACACGCUAUGGAACAUAUGCAAUGCUUCUGAAAGCUAAGAUCCGCAUAGGGGAAACGGACCUGGAGGCAUUUGAGGCGCGUUUGUUUGACGACGGCGGCCUGCAGAGGGCUCACUCCAGCCCCAUGAUACCCCAGGACAACAGCCACGCCAGCAGCACCAGAGCGUCGAGCAGGAGCAGGAGCAGCAGCGCCAGCAGCAGGAGGAUCAAACGCUCACACAGUCAGAGACACAGCUACAGACAGGCUCUCAAACUGUGAGAAAGCCCAAGCGGAAGAGCUUGUUAUCUGCAUUCAAGGGCUGAAUAUAGAGCGUUACCAGGAUGGCUGCAGUUUACCUUGAUGUCUGCUCUAAAGUCAUCAUGAUUAUGAAACUGUGAUUGGGGUUGCUAAGCCCCAUGUGACCGCCGGUAAAGCAUGCUUUUCUGGCCAGUAACCGCAAGCCCAUAUCUGCCAGACGGCAGAUGAGAAGGAGCACCAGCCUCACGUUGUCUUAUUUCUGUCAGUCUGUGUUUUCACCACGAACUUGUUCGGUUUAUCUGUGUAUUCUGCUUGCUGAUCGUCAGUUUAGCACUCGUGGCUUUUCAAGCUGAAGUGCAAAUUUAAUUUGGUGGCCCUGGGAGCAGCAGCCAAAUGAGAAGUGAACCUCUUUUUUGUGUGAACAUACUGUUCACUUUAUAUAUUUAAAGCAUUGUAGAUUUAGCUUUUUAAGGCUAUCAUUUCAUCAUUUGAGGUCGAUCAAGCGCUUUAACUCGUUACGGGAAGUUUAGUUCUUUAAACCUUCUUGAAGCAUGUCUCAAAGCAUGCCUAAGAUGUUUGAAGACAAUCAGUUCCUCAUUUGGUACAGUUACUAAGAAUACGAAUGCAUUAUUUUUUAUGAUAACUGUUUAGUGAUAAUGACAAAUGCAAAUAACACAUUCCUUGUGAACAAUAGGUGCGCUUAAUCGUAUUGUAUGAAUGUGCACUUGAAGUACUUCAAAUCUUAAAAGUAUAUUUUUAAGAAACUCUACUUGAGGGUGAUAGAAUAUUAAUGAAAUUAAGGUCACUUAUGUGCACUUAGAGUACUCUUUCUUGACUUGUUGACAUUUAAGAUAAAUAUCUUAAAUGUACUUAAUUGCAACUUUAUUCCAAAUGUGUAAUAAUAAGAAAAAAAAAAAAUAUAUAUGACAAGUUUCAAUUGAAAUGACAUUAAAGUAUAUGUAAGGGCUUGUCAGUAUAUUCGGCAAUACAUUGUAACCAUAUUUUAACGUCAAUUGAAGUAAUUAUGAAAUUACAGAGAAGGAUAUGCAAAGUCCUACUUGAGUAUAUCAAACAUUCACUCUUAAAUGCACCUAAUUGCAUUUAAUAUAAUAUUGCAUUUAAAGUAUAAUAUUAAUUUUAUAAUAUUAUCAGUUAAUUGCAAAUAACAUGCAGUUAAGUGUCCAGUAAGUACUCUUUUUAAAAGUAUGCUGAAGUGCACUUCUUUUUCACAAGGGAUUCCAUGCCGUCAUAAUUUCGACAGUAAUGUCUGUACAAAAUGAACAAUCACCAUGUGAAACGGAUGUUAAAAUUCAUCAACUUUUUUUUUUUGUAUAAUGUGUAUUUAAAAUGUAUUGAGCUUGAGAAUGACGUGAUGCAAAAUCUGUGUUAAAACCCUUUGGAUAUGGCCAAGCCAUUGACUUCUCAGGCACUCUUUUUCAAAUGUAUGAUCAUUCAUUCAGUGCUGGGGUUAAACAGGAGGCACUAAACAAAGACCACAUCCAAUACCUCAUUUGCGCUGAGACACCUGCUCAAGGGAGUGUCAUUUAGUCGGAAGUAAUUCUACCUGUUUACAAUCUGGUGUGUUCUUGUGUUCCAAGUCAUGCGAAGUACUGCUUUAAAGGAGAGUGAAGGCAUGCUUCUGUGCUGCUUCUCAUAACCUCAUGAAUCGUCUUAUUGAUAUUUUAGAAACAUGAAGGAUCCAAGAAAUUGUAAAACCUGAAAAACAACACUCUAAUGCAAAUCCAGGUCAUGAAUAUAUAAACUGACUGUUAACACUGCCAGCAUAUCAAACAAAUUCAGACAUAAAGGACACAAAAACAAAAAAAAACGUAAUUAUUUUGACCUGAUCUGGGACCUGAAUUCCAUCAAAUGGCACUUCAACAGUGUUACGCUUCACUGCACUAUGAAAAAUAGGUGUAUAAAAUUAUGUAAUGAAGAGUUAUUUAUAUAUUUUGAACAUUUAUUAUCAGAGUGUGUAGUAUUUGUUUAUGACUUAAGCAUAUUGACUAAAAGGUUUAUAAACAAGUUUUUAUAGGGAACACUUAAGUAGUUUGGUGUCACCCAAAGAUUUUGCUGUAAAUUUAACUUAUUUCUUUUAACUUAGUUUUUAAGUUUGAUGUGUUAUCCAUUAUGGCUGUAUAUGUGAUUAUGUUACAGCCGCUCAGUAAAAAAUGCUAUAUAAUGUUUGUAUGUUUUGAAGGCAGAGGCAAAAUAAAUCCAUUUUGAAAGGAUAACUGUUUCGUUUCAUAUUUAAAUGUAGGUUUUUAAAAACCCAAUCUUUAUUCUAUUCCUAUUCUUCUUACACGUUGAGUCUCUCG